CUUCUCCUUCCCCCCUCCUCCCAUUCGUUUCUCUCUCUGCUAACCCCUCUCUUCAACCAGAUCGGCAACUAUCAAUUUCUGGUAGCCGACGACGCGGGCUGGCCAAGUAUUCAUGCAAGGAGUGUCGAUUUAAUGGGCAGGAAGAUGAGUAGUACUCGAACGCGUGGGAAAUUUAAUUUGAAUGAAGUUGCUGAUAAUGAAGUGCGUAGCAGUUCAAAUAGUGAGGUAGAUGAUAGUGAUGACAUGGAUUAUAUCGUUGAAAAUAAUGGUGAAGAGGAUGAUGAACACAAUUUAAAUGUGGUGACCAAUACGUCUAUGAAACGGAAGAGGGGGCGUCCUAAGGGAUCGAAGAACAAACAGCAGAUGAUUGGUGAAAAGAAACUUAAUAAAGAGAAAGUCGUGCUGGAGACGCGAGUAUUCAAGGACAAUAGUUUCACGAGGGGCGGCGAAGUGAAGGAAGCUGGUGAGGUGUUGAUAGUCCUCCAUGAUGAAUAUAAAGGACGGGCUCCCACCAUAAAUUGCAAGAUUGAAACGUUUUGCAAAAUGAUGCAAAGGUUUGACAACCGAAGGAGAAACUGGGUUAAUGAAAUGGGAUUUGGUGGGCUUUACCAUUUGUGCGGGAAACAUUUGCCCCGGAACUUUGUCUAUUGGCUGAUGACUCGGGUUGACCCUAUUAAUCAGAUUUUCUCAGCAACGAACGGAAUAGACUUCCCCAUGAGCAAGAACCAGAUUCGUUGGAUAUUUGGACUCCCGAUUAAGGGGAAGGUCAUUCCUAUUUCGGAAAAUGAUGCUGAUGAAGAAAUGAAAGCCAAGGCACAGUUUAUACUCGGGGCAUAUGGGAAGACGUGGGAGAGUGAUCACCCAACUAAUAAUGGGGCUGUGAUAUCCACAGAUGCUAUUCCGGUGAAUCCUAAAUUUAUCCAAAGACUAGAGGGUACUUGGGAGGACAAAGGUGAAGAGGAGUUUAAGACGAUGUUUUUGAUAGCUGCUGUAGAAAUGGUGCUAUGCCCAACACAAUGUGGAAGAUUGAGUCCAAGUUUGUUAUAUGCCUGUUCACUUGGAAUGCAGGCACGAGAAUAUGAUUGGUGCAAGCUUGUAUAUGAGUUCAUCAUUGAGAGGGCCAAAGUGUUCUGUAGGGACUUCUACACAUUUGGUUGGACCCAAGGAGUUGGGGGUUGUAGCAUGUACUUAGUGAUAUUUUAUCUUGAUCGAUUGAAUAGAAUGUCGUUGCAGUGGGGAGUAUUCCCAAGGCUGAAGGCAUGGGAUAUUAAUGACCUUUUGAAAGCAAGGCAAGCAGAUAUUCUGCCAUCAGGGGAUUACGGAAAGAUUGGGUGUGUUGAUGUUGCGUAUGGGGAUAGACAACAUCCGAGGGCUGCCCGGGAUAGUGAAUGUCCUAAUGAGGAGGUUUUAAUGCCAGCCAUUGAGAAGGAGAAAGUUAUCUAA